AAGCACAUCCUCCACAAUACAAAAAAAUGGGGGGAGCAAAGGUGGCUGUUCUGGUGCUUCUGGCGGUGUUGUCAGUUUCACCGGCGGCAGGAAGAAUGUGGAAAACCACCGGCCGGCGAGUUUUUUCUUCCUCCUCUUCUUCUUCUGGGUCUUCUAUUGUCUUCCCACUGCUAGGCAAUGUUCAUCCCAAAGGCUAUUAUUAUGCUCAAGUCUAUAUAGGGAAGCCACCAAAGCCCUAUUUUCUUGAUCCCGACACUGGCAGUGAUCUCACCUGGCUUCAGUGUGAUGUUCCCUGCAGUAAUUGCUUGGAGGCACCUCACCCGCUAUAUAAGCCCAAUAAAGACUUGCUAGUGAGUGCAGAGGACCCUCUUUGCUAUUCAUGGCAGUCAAGUGAACAAAAAAAUGAGCUACCGAAACAAUGUGACUAUGAAAUUGAGUAUGCAGAUGGCGCUUCUUCCCUCGGAAUCCUCCUUAGAGAUGCUUUUUCCCUUAAUCUCACCAACGGGAAUAGGUCUGAACGCCCUCUAGCCUUAGGAUGUGGGUAUGACCAGGAAGCUGGUCACUCUUACCAUCCUGUAGAUGGAGUACUUGGGCUUGGGAAAGGACCCACCAGCAUUUUGUCACAGCUUAAAAAAAUGGGUGUGCUGCGUAAUGUUGUUGGCCAUUGCUUGAGUGGGAAAGGAGGAGGAUUUCUCUUCUUUGGAGAUCAAGCCUAUGAUGCUUCAACUUCACAUGUAGUUUGGACUCCAAUGUUGCAUGACCUCAAGAAGCACUACUCACCUGGACCUGCAGAGCUGUUUUUUGAUGGUACUCGUACAAAUGUUAAGAAUCUUCAUGUAACCUUUGACAGUGGGAGUUCUUUUAGCUAUCUACAUUCUCACCCAUACCAAACUUUAAUUUCUUUGCUGGAGAAAGGACUAAGUGGGAAGCCCCUGAGCAGAGUAGAUGACGACAAUACCCUCCCACUAUGCUGGAAGCAGGGAAAUAAUAAGCCUUUCAAAAGUUUGCAGGAUGUCAAACAAUACUUCAAACCUUUUUCACUUGGCUUUGCCAAUCCUUGGUGGCAUUUGUGGAAUAAUCCUUAUUCUUAUUUUGAAAUCUCACCAGAAUCAUAUCUUAUCAUCUCUCCUAAAGGCAAUGUCUGUUUGGGGGUGCUAAACGGUACCGAACAAGGUGUAGGCGAUACUAAUAUAAUCGGAGAUAUAUCAAUGCAAGAUAAAAUGGUGAUUUAUGACAACGAAAAGAAUUCAAUAGGAUGGAUCCCGGCGAAUUGUGCUUAUCCGCCAAAUUUGAGACUUUGAUCCUAUUCGUCCACUACAAGUGCAACAUUAUGUAUUUACUUAUUCACUAAUGCUAAAAAAAAUUGAAUUCUGCCAAUGUGUAAGAUUACAACUCAAUUUACCUCCAAUGUCCGGCUAGUUUCAAGGACGUCCCUUCUCAGAUGAGGUUCAUACUAUUUUAUUAAAUACCCCAAAGCUUACUUUAUACAGAAUGUACAUCUUCAACUUGUGUACUUUUGUUUCACUAUGUACACAAUAUCAUUAUAAAUUAAACAACAAACAUCUAUUUGUAACAAUGAUCUUUUCAAGUCCCUAACAACGACACUAGCUAAAAUCUUGUGAUUUAUUUUAAAUUACUUAUAAGUGCAUGAACCGUAACAGGGAAAAUACAGGUUGAGGUCAAUC